AUGCCAAAGCUAACACAUGAUCAGCUGUUGCGAUCUGUCGAGGGGGCAACCAUACAGCAUUCCGGUACUGCAGUUGAGCACCAGGACGAAAAGCAACAAAGACUGUCCAGUCUUACUAGCAAGAUUGAAGACAUCUUGACCAGCUUUCCUGCAGAAGGCACCGGGCUCGAAGGGUUCUCCGAUGCUAUCAAUCUGCUAAGCAGCUAUUCGGUGAAUACAUCAUCUCGUGGCUUUCUGGGAAAACUGGUAUCGGGACCUUCACUGCCUGGCAUUGCUGCGGAUUUAUAUGUGUCCAUUCUCAAUAACAACGGCCAUGUGUGGCGAACUUCACCUGCUCUCUCCACCGUGGAGAGACACGUUAGUCUCGAGCUGGCCAAGCUAUUCGACCUGCGUGGUCCAUACGCCGGAGGUGUCACAGUGCCAGGUGGAGCUGCCGGCAGCAUGCUUGCCAUGUUGGUAGCCCGAAACAUUAUUUCUCCAGACGUCAAAAUCCAAGGACGCGCAUCCAAAAAGUACGCCAUUUUCGUGUCAGAGUCAGCACAUUACUCGAUAUCGAAUGCUGCCCAAAUCGUUGGGCUCGGGUCAGACUCUGUUAUCAGAGUGCCAACUGUGGACAAUGAGAUCAUGGACAUGCUUAGCCUUGAGAACCUGGUUCGCGCUGCAGUAGAUAGUGACAAGAUUCCAUUGAUGAUUUCUCACCUGAGCCGAUGUGUGAAGGGGGAACUGAAGACGAGAUGA